AUGUCUUCAAUCCAGAGACCCCUUCCCCCUUCACUCAGUCCGCCAGAGGUACAAUGCUGUCUCCUCUCAUACCCUGCUCCUUGGAUAUUGCUCGUGACAAUUAACCGCGAAAGACAAAUGAACUCCAUCCCAUGGGCUGGGCAUUGGGAAAUGGACGCCCUUUGGUCAUGGUUCGACGAGGAGCCGAACCUUCGAGUGGCUGUCAUCACGGGCGCUGGAAACAAGUCAUUUUCAGCUGGACAGGACCUUAUUGAGUUGGGGAGUUUGAAAGGUGCUCCAGCUUGGCAGACACGCCAUCCGCCGAGUGGUUUUGCCGGUUUGAGUAGAAGAGGUGGCAAGAAACCCGUCAUCGCCGCGGUGAAUGGAUAUGCUUUUGGCGGUGGGUUUGAAACCACCCUGAAUUGCGACGCUGUAGUUGCCUCCCCCACCGCCCAAUUUGCCCUCACAGAGGUCUCUCGAGGGAUCUUCGCCGGUGCCGGCGGCCUCGCACGACUGAUCCGCACCUGUGGCCUACAAGUCGCCAGUGAAAUCGCAUUGUCAGGCAGACGAGUGUCCGCGCAGGAAGCCUUGCGGAUCGGAUUGGUCAACAAAAUAUCAGUCAGCGUGGAAACGGUGGUUGACGAAGCCAUUGAACUCGCCCGCACCAUCACGAGAAAUUCACCAGAUGCAAUAAUAGUUAGCCGGAAGGCUUUAAGACAAUCGUGGGAGUCAGGAAGUGUGGAGCGGUCAGUGCAAUUGAUUGCGGAUGACUACACCAGCAAGUUGCUCGGUGGAGAAAAUGCGCGAGAAGGUUUACAGGCGUUUGCAGAGAAAAGGGAGCCGGAGUGGAAGCCUUCAAAGUUGUGA